ACGGUGCAAAGCAGCCGCUAAAAACGCCCUCCUCGGAUGUGUUUGGUGCACGAGAUGGCACAAAGUCAGCAGAGCUUUUUGAAACAAGAAGCGGGCCACUUGAGUCGAGAAGAUAAGCUGCUGAAAAUGGGCGAUCAUCGUUCAAAUUGGAGACGAGUGUUGGGGGACAAUAAACUUAUACUCAUCACACUGAGUGGAGUCCUGCUGGGAGUAAUCAUAGGAUUUACAUUUCGACCGUUAGGUCUUUCAAGUGAUUCGCUGAUGCUUAUCGCCUACCCAGGAGAACUGUUUAUGCGCGUACUAAAGCUAAUGAUUCUUCCACUUGUCAUUGCGAGCCUAAUUAGUGGUUCUUCCAGUCUGAAUGCGAAACUGAAUGGCAAAAUUGCUCUCCGAACAUUUGUGUAUUUUUUGACCACAUCACUGUUGAACGCAAUCCUUGGAACUUCACUAGCGCUUAUAAUACAUCCAGGCAACCCGACCACCGACGAUGCAGUGCAAACAGAUUUAUUGAGAGAUACACCGCUUAGCAAAACUAAAACGGUUAGUCUUAUGGACAGUGUUCUGGACCUUGGACGGAACAUCUUCCCAGACAACAUCUUCCAGGCAGCUCUACAACAAGCCCACACCGUCUACGUUCCCAAGGAAACGGUCGGAUUAGCGGCAAAUAGUACCGAGCUGUCCCAAACAUCUGCUCCAAUAACAUCCAGUUCCGUUAAUCUCGUCGACUGGUCCGAAUCGAAUGUGGAAUGGACACGUAUUGUGGAGUACCGGUCGGGGACCAACUCCCUCGGGAUUGUUUUCUUCUGUCUAGUGUUUGGCACUCUGCUGGGAACGAUCGGUCGCAAGGGGUACGUGGUGGUGCAGUUUUUCUCAGCCAUCUUUGAUGUGAUCAUGAAGAUGGUGACCGGUGUGAUGUGGCUCACACCGAUUGGCAUUAGCAGUGUGAUUGCAGGCAAAAUUCUGAGUGUUGAUGACAUUGGUUUCGUGAUGACGCAGCUUGCCUGGUUUAUCUUCACCAUUGCGCUUGGAGUGUUCCUAUACCAGUGGAUCAUCUUGCAAGCGAUCUAUUUUGUGUUUAUUCGCAAAAACCCGUUCCGAUUCUAUCUUGGGCUGGUGCAACCUAUCUUGACGGGCUUCGCAACAGCUUCCACGGCCGCUGCCUUACCGUUGACGUUUCGCUGCAUGAACGAGCGGUUGAAGAUUGAUUCGCGCAUAACACGCUUUGUGCUUCCGAUCGGCUGCAACAUCAACAUGGAUGGGACAGCGCUGUUCAUUUCAGUGGCCUCUAUCUUUAUCGCGCAGAUGAGCAACAUGACACUGAACGUGGGACAGGUGGUGACUGUCGUGCUGACCUCAACUGCCGCCUCUAUGAGCUCGGCCAGUAUUCCUUCCGCAGCGCUUGUACUCCUUCUGAUCGCCCUAUCGGCGAUCGAUGCUCCGAUCAACAAUGCGACGCUACUAUUUGCCAUCGAUUGGUUUGUCGAUCGUAUUCGAACAACUAACAAUCUGCUGGGCGAUUGUUACGCUGCCGCAGUGGUGGAGCAUCUGUCCCGGAACGAGCUGAAAAUUUCCGACAUUGAUGCGUACUACAAGGAUGACGACAUCACGUCAGACGACCAGUGUGAGCAGGAUGCUAACGGCAAGCGGAAACUAUCCUUCCCUAAUUCUGUGAUUUUAAACGUAGAAGUAUCGACACCUGUUUCUAACACUUAG